CCUAAAUACACUAAAAAUAGAUAAUAGAGAUUCCUACGUAGGAGGUAUCCUCAACAAAAUUUAUACGCCUUUGAGGCCAUUAUCCAGUUCACGACAACCACAGUUCAGAAUUUUCCGGCGACCGGAGACACACAAAAUCAAAGAGAAUGAUCAUCUCCGGCUCUGCAAAUCUCUCUGCUGCCACUUCCUCCGCCCUCUCUACAACACCCGCCGCCAAAUGCUUCCCUUUCAGUCCACAUCUCAUCGCCGCCCCCACCGGCGCCGCCGCCAGGUUCUUCCGGACCAUUCCCUCGGCUAUUUCUUCUUCGUCUUCUUCCACCCAUGUCGCUUCCGGGUCCCUCAAUUGGGCGCCUGAGUCUUGGAAAUCCAAGAAAGCCCUCCAGCUCCCCGAAUAUCCGGACCCAGAUGAGCUCGAGUCCGUUCUUCGCGUUCUCGGGUCUUUCCCGCCGAUCGUCUUCGCCGGUGAGGCUCGCAAGCUCGAGGAGAGCCUCGCGAAGGCAGCCGUUGGUGAAGCAUUUCUGCUUCAAGGUGGGGACUGCGCCGAGAGCUUCAAGGAGUUUAAUGCGAACAACAUUAGGGAUACGUUUAGGGUUUUGCUCCAGAUGGGUAUUGUUCUUACGUAUGGCGCCCAAAUGCCUAUUAUAAAGGUAGGAAGAAUGGCUGGACAAUUUGCUAAGCCUAGAUCAGAUCCGUUUGAGGUCAAAGAUGGUGUAAAGCUUCCGAGUUAUCGCGGAGAUAAUAUCAAUGCAGACGCUUUUGAUGAGAAAUCGAGAAUCCCAGAUCCUCAAAGAUUGGUUAGAGCGUAUCUCCAAUCUGUAGGCACAUUGAACCUUCUUAGAGCAUUUGCUACUGGUGGAUACGCUGCAAUGCAGAGAGUUUCUCAAUGGAAUCUUGACUUCGUUCAACACAGUGAGCAAGGAGACAGGUAUAUAGAACUUGCUCAGAGGGUAGAUGAAGCGCUAGGAUUUAUGGCAGCUGCUGGAAUUACUAUGAACCAUCCUAUAAUGAACACAGUUGAUUUCUGGACUUCUCACGAAUGCCUUCACCUACCAUAUGAGCAAGCCUUGACAAGGGAGGACUCUACAACCGGCCUCUAUUAUGAUUGUUCUGCUCACAUGCUUUGGGUUGGUGAGAGGACCCGACAGUUGGAUGGCGCACAUGUCGAGUUCCUGCGGGGUGUAUCUAACCCUCUCGGCAUUAAGGUAAGUGACAAGAUGGAUCCAUCGGAGCUCAUUCGAUUAUGUGAGAUUUUAAACCCUCACAACAAACCUGGACGCCUUACAAUAAUCACCCGAAUGGGAGCAGAUAACAUGCGGGUUAAGUUACCCCAUCUAAUCAGAGCCGUGCGCCAAGCGGGGCUUAUCGUCACAUGGGUCAGUGAUCCCAUGCACGGCAACACGAUAAAGGCUCCUUGUGGUCUCAAGACUCGUCCAUUUGACGCAAUAAGGGCCGAGUUAAGAGCUUUCUUCGAUGUUCAUGAACAAGAAGGGAGCUACCCAGGAGGAGUGCAUCUAGAAAUGACUGGACAAAAUGUAACGGAGUGCGUUGGGGGGUCGAAAGAAGUGACUUUCGAUGAUCUGAAUUCUCGCUACCAUACUCACUGCGAUCCAAGACUGAAUGCUUCUCAGUCACUGGAGUUGGCCUUUGCAAUAUCCCACAGGUUGCGUCGGAGAAGGGUGCAAUCUAAGCCUGGCCUUCAUGGGGGACCUACAGAAAAUGGGUCUGUUGCUUAGAAUCUAUCUUUCAGAAUAUGUUCACAGUUUGCAUUGUCAUAUCUUUUUUUUUCUGUUGAGGUUAUAAACUUUUGGGCGGCAAUGUAAUUUGUGACCCUUUUCUUCUGAUGUUUGAAUGUUUGCCAAAGCCGAAUCACAUCUCAAAAGCAGCAUCUUUCAAAAUUCAA